CUACUUUCAAAUAAAAAACCCUCUUAGUCUGUUCCUCAUUGGCACUCUGCAGAUGUGAUCUCAACAUUAUUUCCAACCAUUUCCCCAUAAUUUCUUUACUGAACCAUAACUUGGAUACUUUGAAACUUGUUUCUCCAUUCAUCAAACACUGGAACAAAAAUCACCUGAAGGUCCCAACAUUUGAAAAAGAAUUCAGACUAAAUCAGGAUGUUGACCACUGGAGCUCUUAUUCUCAUUGUCGCCAGUAAAGUUGUCCUAGGAUGGGAUUACAGACAGGCUGUUAUAUCCCAAUCACCAAUAUAUCUAUUAAAUAUGUCAGAGAGUUCAGUUGAUGACCGGUAUUAUGGUUGUAAAGAGAAGAUGGCAGACCUGGUGAAGACAAAAUAUCUAUCUGAAGAAAUCACUGCUAACAUAUCAGGCUUUGGAACUGCUUGGAUGACCAGUGAAGGAAAGAUCCCUGAACCAGAAGAAAACUUAAAUAGAAACCAUUUAAUUGCUAUUUCUGUGUACACUGGUCGUAGAGUAUAUAAUCAAUUCAAUCAGGAUGUUAGAAGUGGUAAACUAAAAUACAAAAACAUGAAAUAUGCAUGGUAUUCACUUCACUUUUUAUUGACAGAAGCAAUACAGAUUUUAAAGAAAACACAAGAGGGAUGUAAAUUAACUUAUCGUGGUACCAGUGUUAAAUUUAAUGAGACUGUUCUGCACAAAGAGAUUCGUUUUGGCUUUUUUGCGUCCUCCUCUCUUUUGAUUGAAGAAGCAGUGGUAUUUGGAAGUGAAUCUUGUUUUGAAAUCGAGACUUGUCAUGGUGCUGCUGUGGAAAUUUACUCUGAGUAUUCUGAUGAGAAAGAGGUGCUGAUUCCCCCAUAUGAGACAUUUAAAGUCACUGCUAUCAAGAAGUAUGAGUGGUGUAAUACUGUGUUUGUGUUGAAGAGCUCUGGAUUUAGAAGUGACUUAAACUGUGCAGUGGCAUCAGCCGAGUCCCAGAUAUAUCCCAGAUGUCUGUCGCUGUGGCUGACCAGCUUUUACAUCUUAAUUCAUUUCUCUUUUUUAUAUUAAAUAUAACUUUCACUUCUUAUUGAGCCCCACACAUAGCAUGCAGGAAAUCCUGACCAUGAAUUAAGAAUUUAUUCUCACAAUUUACAUGAGCAUA